GCAAUACAGACCUGUUCCUAUUUAACUUUAACACAAAAUACAUAUAUUUUUUGAACAAAAACUGAAAUGUCGCGUCGUUAUGAUUUGCGUACCACAAUGUUCUCCCCGGAGGGCCGUCUUUACCAGGUUGAGUACGCCAUGGAGUCUAUUUCCCAUGCUGGCACAUGUCUGGGCAUUAAGGCGGAGGACGGCAUUUUGCUAAGCGCUGAGUCCGGCAAUAAGAGCAGGUUGAUGGAGCUAACUAACGAAUCUGAGAAGAUAUAUCGGAUCAACAAGAAUAUGGUGUGCUCUGUGGCUGGCAUUACUGGUGAUGCUGAUGUUUUAAUAAAGGAGGCUCGUUUGAUUUCGCAGCAUUACCGAUUUGGCAACGGAGAGGAAAUACCAUGCGAACAGCUUGUCUCAGAUUUGUGCGACAUCAAGCAGGCCUACACCCAGUACGGUGGGAAGCGCCCAUUUGGCGUUUCUCUGCUCUAUAUGGGCUGGGACAAGGAGAAGGGCUACCAGCUGCUUCAAUCCGAUCCUAGUGGAAACUAUAGUAGCUGGAAGGCCACAUGUAUUGGCAAAAAUGUUGGUGCUGCCACUGCCGUACUGGAUAGAGAACUGGGAAAGGGGAAGACUAUUAGUCUCGACGAGGCCAAGGAGCUGGCCAUAAAGGUGCUGAGCAGGACAUGGGACAGCUCCAAGUUGAUUCCAGAAAGGAUAGAAAUAGCCACCUUGCAGCGCAUUAAUGAAACGACAGUCUUCAAUAUGCUGGCCAAAUCCGUUGUAAAAGAGCUGAUUGAGAAUAAUGAAAGGUUAGAGGCAGAAGCCGAAGAAAGACAGGGACAGUCGACAUCCAAGUAGCCAAUAUAUGCUAAGUAUUUUAAUAGACACACGACAGAUUUACAAAAGCAAUAUUUGUAAAACUAAAUUCUAUGUAUUUUUAAAAAUGUAUCUUGAUUGCGAAAAUUAUAACACAAGUCAAACCUAUAAAACCCGUA